UCGUCAUUCUUCGCAUUGACUGGAUAUGUCAUUGCGUUGCGUUUUACGUGAGGAGUAGGAGUGCAAAUGUCAAAUUGUAAAGUUGUUUUGCAAUACAAAGCGACCGGUACCGGUAUCCCGUAGGUACCUAUCGGCAUUGGAGAGUUGAGAUAAACAAUUACAACCUAAUAAUUAUUUUUUGUGUGACUCAUUCAUCACAACAAGAAUAUUCAACAUAUUUUGUCAAGAUGAUUAUAUUGACGGGGAAGAACUUGGGCGAGAGACACAAGGAUUUAAACGCAAAGGUUAAAGAAGCCAGAGAAAAGCGUGUCGACUUUGAUGAAUUAAAACGGACACCCGAACAAUCAGAUGUAGACAAGUUAUUCAAAAUAGCCCUUGCUUCAAAAUAUAUAAAUAUCGACUAUAUAGUUGAGGUCCUCAAAUGUGGAGAUCCUUUGUACAUUUCGAAAGCCCUAAAAUGUGUUUGGAUGUAUGACGAUAAGUAUGCACAUAUUAUCAAUCCAGAUAAUCUUCAAAAUAACAUUAUACCGUUCAUGUCAACAAAAAUGAAGAAAAAGAUGCUAACAGCUGUUUCGAUGCACGUCAGAAACGAGUCAAGAGCCGCUGAGUUUUAUAAUUAUUGUAUGAACAUAGGGUGCCCAAAUAUUGCCUACAAAUUUUUAUAUUUUACAAAUGAAAACUUUAAGCUGAAAAUCAUAGAAGAUCCUUUAAAACAAAGCGCCAUGCUCCCAACCUACAAUGAGAAUGGUGUUAACGUAAAACAUUUCAUUGGCUCUUCAUUUAUUCUGGCAGACGUAUUUCUCUCUAAUUUAAACGUGACCACGAGAAAUGAAAUUCUUUCUACUCUGAGUUAUUUAUACACAUUUUCAGAAGAUAAAUAUUUGAAUCUUUUAGAAAAAUAUACUGAUUUAACAUAUAGUUAUGGAAUAAAACGAUUUCUAACUUUACGUAUUUCCAAAAGCAUUAUGAAGAAACACAAAGAUAGGGUUUUAAAGGCACCUAAAAUGUAUGUGAGUAUACUGAACGCAAAUGCCAUAGUUAAAUACAGUACUGUAGAAGACGCAAAAAUAUAUGCUAUUGCCUUUUUCCCAGAUAAUAUUAAUGAAUUUUGGUGGAAUAAAAACUAUCUAAAUGAGCAUAAAUACUUUCUUGACAAAAUUACGACUGGAAAGUUUCAAUUUAUAAAGGAAAUGUUUACCUCAAAGUUUCCAGGAGAGGAGUUUGAAAUGAGUUUAAGAUUUUAUCAGAACAGAUGCUAUGAAAUCAUGACUGCAGCAGAAAGGGAAACAUGGGCUUUACAACAAAUAGCCAGUGAAAAAGAGAUUCUUGGUAAAGGUCAAGACUAUCAAUGGUAUAAGUUUAUCAAUUUCGAAAAAGCGUUUAAAGAAAUGAAAAAAUUAGUAUUGAUCACUCCAAAUAGGACUAAACGUGCAGAUAUGAUGCUAAUUCUGAUUGAAAGUGCAAAAAAUCAACGUGAACUAGAGACACUUUUGAAACAUUUUUACGAGAGACAUGUUAACGAACAAAAAUAUGUCAAAGAAAAUUUCCUUGACAAAGUAAUGAAUUACUUUAAUGUCUACGAGUUUGAUACAGGUUGCUGGGAAGCUUUGAAUAUCAUGUUUCAUAAUUUAGAAGUCUACAGUUCGACAGACUACAUUAGCAAGAGUGAAUACAGAAUCAUUGCUCUAAUUUACCAUAUAAUUCAUAAUAUUGAAAUCCCAGACGCUCUCAGGAACAAUAUUGCUUCCAGAAUGCAAUUUUAUUCAUUAAAACAAAACACUGACAAGCUGACAAAAGAACAAACAGAGAAGGUGUUUCAAUAUCUAUUUAACUUGUACAUGGACAAAAUUCGCGAAUUUGAAAAUGUACCUUAUAACGACGACAUCAAAGGCGACCUUAGAAAAUAUAUUUUCAACAUAUUGGAUUUAUUAGAUCAGUACGAAAAAACAAAAGAGCAUAUACCUGAACUUGUACAUCACUUCAUGAAGUUAGAUUGGUCAGAAUUUGAAUACCACAAAUUUAUCAAAAUAUCCACAAAUGCUCCACCGCUUAAUUUACUGCAUGACUUAAAAUCAGAUUCAAAACUCCUGAUUGAGCGUCUUCCACUUGUAAGAAAGAAAAUGAAUGAAUCUUACACGUACAACAUCAGUACUGUACUCAAAAAGUUAAAGAUCUAUUUUUCGCAAGAUGUUGCAAAGGAAUGUUUAAGAUUUUUUAAUUCAUUGCUAGAUGAGGAAAAGUUAUGGCAUAGAGAAGCGCAAGCAGUAGUACAUGCCUUAUUUCAACUAGGAGACGAAAACUUUAAAGUAGAUUUAAUGAAAAAGUUUGCUCCAAAAGAAGCUACUAUUAAUCAUAGCGAAAUCGACGAAAAGUUAUUACGCAUUCAAAUGGCAAUAUGUUCGCACGUUUUAUACUCGCGACCUCCGGUUCCUCUUGAAUGUAUAUUCAUGUACUUAAAAGGAGAUUACGUACCUUUUUGUUUGCCAAUGUUUAAUGCACUCUUGUCUGACCUACCAUUACCGCUUUGUAUUAAUUUUGUUGAGAACUUAUUGGAUAAACCUGUCUCCAUCCAGAAACAUGGAAUACGACUCGCUUUUCAAUGUUUCAACACAGAAACUUUCAAUACAGUUAUUCUUCGAGCAUGGAAAAAAACAAAAAAUGUUUCCCUCAGAGAUGUUAUAUUUGAUGCACUUUACAAUAAAAUUAGCACAUCGGGGGGUGGCCAAGAAGCGCUAUUUGAGACUUUAAAAUCAAUAAUUUUAACUCUAAAACACGACGAUGAUGACGCCAUAUUCAACCUUAUAACGUCUUGUACACUCCCUGAACAUUUCGCGAUGGAAAGUAUUAUGAUGGCAUGGAAAGUAGUUAGUCAGUUUCCGCCAAAACUGACGAAUCUCAACCGUAUGCGUGAUCUUGUAAUUUGUUUUACUAACAAUAUUGAUAAAAUUCGCCCAGACAUCGUCUACGAAAUAGUGGAUACAUUUAUAGCAUCAGUAUUUAGGCCAGAUGAAGAGGAUGUUAAAGGAAAACUAAGCUCAGAGGCUAUUUCUUUGAUCUCCAGCAAAUGGCGUCUUACAGCAACUUUUAUCGUACACCUGAAUAAUGACGACCUUGAUAAAAAAAUUGAGCUAACUAAAUUAAUUUUGAUGAAGUGUUUUAAACCUCACAAAGUAGAAAAUAAACACAUUUUAAUAGAAACUGGAAUGCGGUUUAUAUCACAGCUUGAAGAUGCAAGUUACAGUCAAACACCAUCCCGCUUCGGAAAUAUUAAUAGAGUAAUGCAGGCAGUGAUACAGACACUGCAAGAUGUGUUUACCACGGAAGAAAUUUACCUACGAAUAUGGGAACUACAGCUGGGGAUUGUGGCUAGAAAAGCUAUUCAAUCGGCAGGAAUAAUUUAUGAAAAUGCGGCGCAUGACUUUGGUAGGGAACUCGGAAACUUGGUUAAGGAGUAUGUUGAUAAAGAAUUGUUUUUCAAUUCUUUCUUGUUACGAAUACAUGAUUUAUUAAUAACGAAAAUCACUAAUGUUACAAGUAUAUUAAAUCUCAAUAAUACCGAUAACUUUUAUGUUAAGUUAUGUAGAGAAUUAUUGACAUUUGAAAUGAUUGAGACCUAUUGGCUGGCUUUAUAUCUCCUGCCUUGUUAUUCCUCGGAUCUACCUCCUCAAGUAGACAGGAACGACUAUGUGUACAUUACAAAUAAGUUAUAUAAUUUAAAUAAUAAAGAGCUACGUUUCUACAUGUUCGAUAAAUUCGCAGGGCCCGGGAAAGAUUUAAUUUUAAAUUAAUUCUUAACAAUUUCUGUUACGAACUAAUGAAUAAAAAUCCCGGGGUAACUUGAAACUGGUAGAGAAGACAGUAUUUUGUUAUAUAGAUUACAUAAGUGAUGAUUGCUAUAAUAAUAUAAAAUGUUAUGUUCUUUGUUGAAUACAAACUUUUGUGUAUAAGAAAAAGUUUUUUAAGAUGUAAUGAAUACAAACUAUUUUAUGUCUCUAGCUAAAGGGCCGUCCCGGUAUUGCUUUGGUGCUAUGUGAUAUACCUUUAUGAUGAUUUUUAGAACAUAUAUUAUUAUAUCUAUCUUGCAAGUUUAGAAUAAACAAUCCCAAUUUCUCUUGGUCCUCAGAUCAGAUGGGAACGGCUCAACUGAUUUCGCACAAAUAAUUUUUUGGCGUAUUUGUAAAGGACAAGAGCAAUUUUCUUAUAAAAAAAAUAUUCGUCGUGUAAAUUCAGGAACUAGAACAGCUAGCGGCCCUUACUAUGUUAUGUGUGUAAGUCAUUUGGCGUUAUUUAAUGUUACUAAUUAGUUUUAAGUUCUAAAUAAUUACAUUUUGUUAACAUGUGUUUAAUAUUUAAUGUUAUAUUUUUAAGAUUUUUCAUUUCUAUUAUACAUUUUGGAAUAUA